AUGGGCAAAAAAAGCUCGAGGUCAGAAGAAAAAAAGGUCAGAGCCGCUGACUUUUCUAACUUCCAUACCUCAGAUUUCAGGCCGACAGGGUUGCACCAAAUAUUUGCCUCAUUCAACAACAUCGCAUCUUUACAAUCCAAUGUAUCAGUAAAAUCAGAGUCUUCUACUAAUUCAAAGCAAAGUAACUCCCAAAGUUACCCAUCUAAGGAUGUGUCAGAAUCACAAGCAGAUAUACUAGCAAUUCUCAAUAAACUUACAAAGAAAGAUAGUAUAACAAAACUUAAAGCACUAGAAACAUUUAAUGAAAUACUUGAAAUCAUACCGGAUGAGUUGUUGGAAGAGUUUAUAGUUGAUUUGAUACACAUAUUCAAGAAACUGGCAGUGGUUGAACCAGUUAAAAAAAUAAGAUUAGAGUUUGGAUUAGUACUUUGUAAGAUCUCUAAGAAAUUGAAGAAGAAGCUUCAAAAUUAUCUCGAAAGUUUUAUCACAUAUUGGUGGUUAUCUAUGCAUGACGAGUCUCCAGAUAUUUCACAAGUUUAUUUGGAAUCCUUUAAAAAUCUUUUCUCAACAACGCUUUCCGAAAGUGAAUUCGAACUGAAAACGCUUAAAAUUUUAGAUUUUUAUUUUACAAGAAUAUCUUCAGAUUACCUGGAGUUGCUUAAUGGAGAUAUGGAUAGUUAUACAAAAGAGUGGUUAGAUACCUUUGGAAAGGCAAGCCAAAACAGUGCCACAACAGCGGAUAUGCAUAACAGGUUAUUUUAUUCAAUUUCACACUCGCUUAAAAAAUUAUUUGUAUACGUCAGGGUUCAUAAAAAUGACUACACAUUUGUUCUGGAUGAUUUAAUAAAUAGUGAAUUUGUCGAAAGAGUUAAUGAAGUUUACAAAUCACCGUCAUUUAAGAAAAAGCUCGCCUGCCUAUUAAUGCUAGUUGAGAUGGUUAAAGUCUUGCCAAAGCAAACCCACAACCACUUGGAAUCAAUUCUGUCAAACUGCAUAACGUGUGUGAGUAAGGAUACCGAACCUUCACUGAUAUACCAUAGUGUUAGAUUGAUAUGUGCCUGCACCAGAGAGAAUAAUAGUUGCAUAACAUGGUUUCUACCAAACUAUGACAGCCUGGUAAUUUUGCUCUUGAAAAACUUCAGUGGCGGAUACUCAAAUAAAAUCGAUUUAUACACUUUGUUCCCAUCACUAUACAUGUAUCUCGAUCCUGAGUAUUUUAAAAACUUUCCGGAAAAUUUUGACAAUGUUUUAAAUUACUUGUGUGACCUGAUGCAGAAAGAAGUGUCCAACCUGAAGAGAAACUCAUACACAUUCGACUUGGAGAUUUAUAGAAAUCUGGGCACAAGCAUGUUAUGCUCUUUUUAUAAACUCCUCUUGCUCUCAAAACUAAAAUCAAUUCAUUACAUUACACUCCCUUUUAAAAAAAUGUCACCAACCACUGAAAACUCAAGAGAUUUUUUAUGGUACUAUCACAUAGUACUUGCAGAGUACCUAUUGGAGUCCAACUUGGCCAAAGAAGACGUUUUCACGGAUUUUUUGAAAGAGCUGUUUUCAUAUUCUGAAGAUAACACUGUUUUGGUUACGCUGAUAAUGGAUAAUGUUUAUACUAAGCUGGGAGAGACAAUAGACCAGGUAUAUCCAGAAUUUCACCAGGUAUAUAGUAAUUUAUUGGAGAAGGUGAAAACAAAGUUCCUUGACUACUUGAUCAGGCAUUUAGAAAAUCAGGCAGACCUUAGUCUGGAUAUAGAUCAAAUGAUACAAUUACUUAAGAAAAAUCCAAUAAAGUUGUCAAAUGAAAUACCAUUGAUCAUAUUUAAGAUUGAUUCACACGGUGAUUUUGUUGAAAAAUAUGACUUUUUACAAGAAGUUUAUAAAAAACUGGAAUUGAAUGAUUUGGCCGAGAGACUAGAAGAAAACCUUGACGACAAUUUACAUCUAUUCUAUGCGGCAGUACUUAUGGAAACUAAUCCAAAAUCAGUCUCACAGGUGUUUGAUAGAAAAUUUGAUCUACAAGAUACAAGAACAUAUUAUAUGUUGACUGAAGCAGUAAGUCUAUGUAAUAGCACAGAAGGUUCAGAUUAUUUGGUUCAACUAGCAAGAGAACACCCGAACCUUGACCUCUUGGAUAGUAUUUUUCAACGUGUGGAUCACACACUUUUGACUGGUGAAAAUAAAACUGUUUAUGAGAUACUCUUGGUAUUAUAUCAGCUGUAUGAAUGUAAAAAGGUGGAAUUUUACCGGAAGUAUGACCUGAACCUAGUUGAAAGUAUUAUGACACUUUACUUAAAUGUAGUUUUGAGAAAACAGAUGUAUGAUUUUGGUGUGUUUGCGUCUUUUGUUCUGGAAGAAUUUUCAAAAAAUGCAGAUUUUAAAGCUAAGAUGGAAGAAUCACAAAUCAAAAGGCUCAACGAACUUACUGCUGUGGACUUGCCAGAUUAUGAAAAGUUUUCAAAGAAUUUGGGGUCAAUUUUAGGAAAUCUGUUUCAACCUGACUUUGUAAGUAAUGUGCUUGUGAAGUCUAUGGGAUUUGUUAGAGGAGUUGAUAUAAAAACAUUGCAAAAGAGGUCUUAUAACAUAGUGGUAAACUUGUACCUGGAUUCUGACGAUCCAGAAGUUAAAGUUGAGGAGUUUUUGGAUUUAUUUAUAGGAACAUUUGUUAGUUUUGAGCCUGAUACGUGGGUUACUGUACUUGGUGACUUCAUAAAUAUAUCAACUAAAUAUGAGUUUAAAAAUGAGGAGAUGCUGAUGAGAUUCAUGAACAAAAUGCUAGAUAAGAUAAUGGAAGAAAAAUACACAACUCUUAGAGAGUUGAAUAGAAGUGUAGGAUUAUUCCAAUUCUUUUAUAAAACACUGAGAAAUGAUUUAAAGAGGAAUAAUGAUUUAGCCAGUUUCAUCAAGUCAUGCUUCUCUAUGAAUCUGACCGCACCUUACCUCUUAUCCGCAUUUUAUUCAGUCGAUACUAUAUCAGAUCAAGAUACUGUGCGUGAAAUAAUUGAAUUUGGGAAGUUCGUGCUAAAUAAAAGAAAAGGCGAGUUAAAUAAAUUGGAAAAGCCUGAUACCUACACAUUUUUGAACUAUACAACAUUGGUCACAUGUUUGCUCACAAAUUAUAAGAAUUUAAAUAAAAUUGGGCAUUUAGAAUCGGAAGACGUUUUUAAACUGUUCAAUCUCUCCUUUAAAGCUUUAAAUAUCGUAGAUUCAUCUCCCCAUAAUCACAUCGACGAUAGAACACCAAAUUCAGAAACUAUCCAAGAAUUUUUAAAUUCAAAUCAAUUCGAACAAAACAAAUUUUUUUCAAGCCUAUUCACGUUAUUUUUUUCCGCGGAUUUAGAAGAAACGGAUUUCCUGUGGGCCCAUCUGUCACUAUUCAAGUUUCUAUCACUCUUCUCACCAGAUAUACACAAGAAUUACAAAGAUGAUAUUCGUACUGGCAUUACUAGUUCUCUUGCAAACCUAUAUGGUAGUCUCACUUUUCACGGUGUUUCGACGAGUCUCAUUGCCACUCUUAUCAACUUCCAAAUAGAACAAGCUUAUGUGUCAGAAUUUCAUUUGAGAGUCUCCCCUGAAGUAGAACAUUUUUUAAAGUAUGCUAAUAAACCGGAUUUUGAUUUAUCUAGGGAGUUCAAUAAACUCAAAAUCUCAAAUCACACAGACCCUAAAUCCUUGGCAACUUGGUUGGUUCUGUGCCUUAAGUAUGGACUGGAGUCUGUGAAACUAGAUGAUUCCGAUUCAAUAGCAGAUUUCUCCAGAAGUGUUUCACUGCUUCUGAGGAGCACGCACUCCUUGCAACCGAGUUCAUUUUUCGUAAACGUUUAUGCAGCAAGUCUGUGGAACUGUAGGGUCUUUUAUCCCUCAAUCUCAGAAGUGGGAGUAUUCUGCAGUUUCCCGAACCACCAGCACGUGUGUAUCAUAGAUAACUUCCCAGAAUGGGAUUUCUUCCACGAUUUAAACUCGUGUAAAAUCGAUUUUUUCAAGUUGUUGUACGCAUUUAACAAUUAUUCACAGAAUACAGUGGAGUUGGAAGAGAAUGAAUUGGAUCCAGAGGAACUUACAAUUAAUGAUUUGAAUGAUGAGGCGGACUCAGAAGUAGCGGAUUUGCAAGGAAAUAAAGAAUCUGUAAAUGAAAUGGAUGAUUCAGCAAAUCAGAAUAACGAUGAAGUUAAGGAACCAGAACAUAAUAUUAUAGAUGUGAAAAACUCAUAUGAUAUAAUGAAGUUAUACUUUUCCAUGAUAAUAGGACCGUACCUGACAAGUAAAAUAAUGAGAACAUAUACAUAUUUGGAAGGAGAAGACUCGCAGGAGAUUGAAAAAUGCCUAAUAUGUUGGCUUACAGUGUUUAACCUACACGGAAGAUAUAAGAAUUUGGGUAACCUUAAUUGUGCAAACGCAAUGGUGAAACUGCUUACAUUAAAACCGUAUGAAUUUACAGAAUACAUAGAUUCAUUCCAAGAUAACUUAGCUGAAGCAAUUUGUGAUUCCUACUAUGAGAUCAACAAUAUGUCUUUUUUCUAUUCAGACCAGUUCAAGCUCUAUGAAUUGUACGAAGACGAAUUUUAUACACGAGAAUUCUAUAAAAGUAGUUUAUUGGACCUUUUCCUACAACUACUGAUACUGUGUCUUGAGAAAAUGCUGAUAAAGGACGAGGAGUUCUGUCAAACAGUAAAGUUGGUAUAUUACAAAGUGGCAAAAAUAUUCCCAAUGCAAGUGUCUGAAAUGUGGAAUAACUGCAAAAACACAUACGUGAAGAAGAAUAUAAAGAAAUUCACAAAACAUGAAGUUACACAAAAACUGGUUAAAGAUGAGCUUGAUACUAUCAAGAUGCUAGCAAGUGAUCUUACAGUGUUCUACGAUACAAUUAAAAGGGAAGUCACAGCAAAAUUGCUCACGAAAAAUGAAAUCACGGCAAAGAUAACAAUAAAGGUGCCAUCAGCAUUCCCAUUGGAACCCCUAACCUUUGUUUCACAGGAGAAAAAGAAUCAUAAGUGGAUAAUGUACUCACACUCAGAAGCAAACAGAAGUGGAAUAACACAAGGACUGCUUCUGUGGUAUAACAACGUGAUUAAAUACUAUCAAGGAAUAGACGAAUGCCCAAUCUGUUACUCAAUAGUACACGCACAGUUCCAGUCAAUACCGACAAAAUCAUGUAAAGUAUGUAAAUACAAGUUCCAUAAAGAGUGUUUGUUCAAAUGGUUCAGAAAUGCAGCCAAGGCCAAGUGCCCAUUGUGCCAGUCGCAAGUCUCGUUCUUGUGAAAAUAGUCGCAAAUAAUAAUUUUAAAAUAAAAUAAUUUUAACUAUUGCAUAUUUACGCGCAUACGUAUAUCG